CAGUCACUGUUCUGCUGCAUUACUCUUCAAUGCAACUUCUUUCCGUUCCUCCUCACCCUCCCUCGUCCCUCUGCGCGAGUAGUAAUCUCCGCUCACUCUCGCUGCCUCUCUGUGAUCCAAACUGCCACAGCGAAUCUCUCUCUUCCAUCAGCUUUACUUUCUCCCCCUGGUGAGGAUGACAUCUCCAAAUGUGAUGAACCAGCGAAGCUCUCAUUCUGGCAGGAGGCUUCCGAGGGAGACCCCACAUGAACGGGCUCGUGGGACGAGGAGGAGCCACGUCUAAGGAGCUUCGUGGAAAACCUGUCGGCUCUGGACGGCGCUGGAGUACCAACGACAGCCAUCAACUCUCAAGUUAAGACCAGUUAAGACUCGCUGGAAAAAACACAACUACUCUCACACUCAAAGUAGUCGAGAUAACCAAGCAAAUGUCACAGGUUGAACAAGAGAUCUCACUGGUCCAGAGAAAGAUGUCUGACCUCGAGUCAGUUCUCCAGCAGAAAGACAUCGAGCUGAAGGCCUCCGAGACCCAGAGGACAAUCCUGGAGCAGGACUUGGCAACGUACAUCACAGAAUGCAGUAGUCUGAAGCGCAGUUUGGAACAAGCGCGCAUGGAAGUGACCCAAGAAGAUGACAAAGCUCUCCAGCUGCUGCAUGACAUCCGGGAGCAAAGCAACAAGCUUCAGGAGAUCAAAGAGCAGGAGUACCAGGCUCAAGUAGAGGAGAUGCGGGUUUCUAUUAGGCAGCUGGAGGAGGACCUCUCUGCCGCCCGUCGCCGUAGCGACCUGUAUGAAGCAGAGCUGAAGGAGUCUCGACAAGCCAAUGAGGAACUGAAGAGGAAGGCUGCAGACCAUCAGCACAGGAUUCAAAAGGCCAAAGAGCAGGGCAAAGCAGAGGUAGAGGAAACAAUCACCAAACUGGAAAAGGCGAGUGCUGAGCAGCAGGUGAAGAUCCAGGAUCUGCAAGAGAAGCUUGCGAAGACAUCAAAGGCCAGUGCUGAGGCCACAGACCAUCUUCAGAGCAUGAAAAUGGCCAAAGAGCGCCUGGAGCGGGACCUGGAGAGGCUGCAGAACAAGGAGGACUCCAGUGACAGCCUGCGCAGACGUCUCCGUGAGACAGAGGAUGGAAGAAAGACUCUCGAGAAUCAAGUGAAAAGGUUGGAGAUUGUUGAGCGCCGUGAGACGAAACUGAAAGAUGAACUUCAGAGCAAAUCCCAGCAGAUUCAGCAGAUGGCAGAAAAGAUUCUGGAGUUGGAGGAGAAUCUGCGAGAGACCCAGUCGACUGCCCAACGGCUGGAAACCCAUCUGAAACAGAAGGAAAAGCUCUAUGAAGACAAAAUAAAGGUGCUGGAGGCUCAGAUGAAGGCGGACAUGGCUGAUAAGGAGAUGCUGGAGUCCAGUCAGAGCAAAUAUGAGGAGGAGGUGCGGGAGAAGUGCAGCAUCAUCAGUGAACAGAAGGCGACCAUUAAUGCGAUGGACUCAAAGAUGAACAGCCUGGAGCAGAGAAUUGCAGAGCUGUCAGAGGCUAAUAAACUGGCAGCCAACAGCAGCAUCUACACCCAGAAAAAUAUGAAAGCCCAGGAAGAGAUGAUCUCGGAGCUUCGGCAGCAGAAGUUUUACCUGGAGUCUCAGGCCGGGAAGUUGGAAGCCCAGAACGCCAAACUGGAGGAGCAUCUGGAGAAAAUGAGUCAGCAGGAGCAGAGCAACAAGAGCCGCGUGCUGGAGCUGGAGACUCGGCUCCGGGAGAUCGGACUGGAGAACGAGGAGCAAAAGCUGGAAAUAAAGCGCCAGGUGACAGAGUUGACCCUGUCGCUGCAAGAGCGGGAAUCUCAAAUUACCAACCUCCAGGCGGCUCGUCACGCUCUGGAGAGCCAACUGCAGCAGGCCAAGACCGAGCUGGAGGAGACCACUGCAGAGGCCGAGGAGGAGAUCACUGUUCUCAGAGCACACAGAGAUGAGAUACAACGCAAGUACGAUGCCUUGAGAGACAGCUGUGCAGUGAUCACUGAUCUUGAGGAGCAGCUAACCACUCUCACUCAGGAGAACUCUGAGCUGAACCGCCAGAACUUUUACCUGUCCAAGCAGCUGGACGAGGCCUCUGACGAGCGGGAGGACCGGCUGCAGCUCAGCCAGGAUGUGGACAGGCUGCGGCAUGAGGUGGCUGACCGUGAAAUGCACCUCAACAACCAGAAGCAGAACCUGGAGACUCUGAAGACCACGUGCACCAUGCUGGAGGAGCAGGUUGUGGAGCUGGAGAGCCUGAACGAUGAGCUACUGGAGAAGGAGCGGCAGUGGGAAGCCUGGAGGGCCACGCUGGAGGACGAGAAGAGCCAGGCUGAGAGGAGGACCAGGGAGGUCCAGAGGCUGCUGGAUACCGAGAAACAGAACAGGCUGCGUACAGAGCAGCGCUGCUCUGAGUCUCGUCAGGCUGUGGAGCAAGCCGUGAAAGAGCACAAAGCUGAGAUCUUGGCCCUGCAACAAGCCCUGAAAGACCAGAAACUCAAAGCCGAGAGCCUUGCAGACACGUUAAAUGAUUUGGAAAAGAAGCACUCUAUGCUGGAGAUGAACGCCCGGAGUUUGCAACAGAAGCUGGAGAGUGAGAGGGACGUGAAGCAGAGGCUGCUGGAGGAGCAAGAGAAACUACAGCAGCAGCUGGACGCCCAGAAGACCCACAUAUUCCGCCUGACCCAGGGGCUGCAGGAGGCUUUGGACCAGACCGAUUUACUCAAAACAGAGAGGACUGACUUGGAAUACCAGCUGGAGAACAUCCAGCUCCACCUGCAGGCUGUAUACUCUCAUGAGAAGGUGAAAAUGGAGGGAACCAUCACCCAGCAAACCAAGCUCAUCGACUUCCUCCAAUCCCAGGCCCACGGAGGCUCCAAGAAGAAAAAAGGUCUUUUUGGGCGAAGGCGAGAGGACCUGUUGGCCGCCAUGGCUGCUCAGGCCCAGGCGCAGGGCCAGAGUCAGGGUCAAGGUCAGGUCUCCCCCGUGCCCUCCAUCCAACCGGUGCCUCUGCAGUACAGCGACAUGAAGGCCGCUCUGGAUAAAGAGCGCGCUCGCUGCUCUGAGCUGGAAGACGCUCUGCAGAAAAUGAGAGCAGAGCUGAGAUCUCUGAGAGAAGAAGCUCUCCAGUAUAAGGAUCAUGGCAGCACUACGAACCCUGCCGCAGCACGGCAGCAGAUCAUCAUGUCUGCCAUGGUGAAGUCUCCUGAGCACCAGCAGGGCCCGACGGGCCUGGCACCCUCCAACUCAGGACGCAGGAAAGACACGCCGACACCCGAGGAGAGAAGGAGGGUCACAUUUGAAAAGUACAGCCGGCGUCUGAAGGACAGUCAGCGAGACCGAGAGAGGGAGAGAGAGCGGGUGCUGCACCACAACACCCCCCACCGGUUCACAGUGGGGCUCAACAUGAGGGCCGCCAAGUGCACUGUGUGCCUGGAUACUGUUCACUUUGGCCGCCAAGCAGCGACUUGCCUGGAAUGCCACGCUCUGUGCCAUCCGAAGUGCUCAGCCUGCCUUCCAGCCACCUGCGGCAUGUCCAGCGACUGCUCUCUGCACCUGUCUGAGGGCCUGUGUCGAGACAAAGGCAGCUCUCCAGGCCAGCAGAUCAAAGAAGCCGGUGGCCACAUGCACCUGGAGGGGUGGAUGAAGCAGCCCAGAAACGGGAAGCGGGGUCAGGGCUGGGAGAGAAAAUAUGUGGUGCUGGACGGCACUAAAGUUUCCAUCUACGAGAUCGAGCCAAGAGAAGACGCUGUGAAGCCUCUGGAGGAGUUUGACUUGUGUCUGUCAGAGGGAGAGGUGAUGAUUCAUGGAGCAGUCGGAGCCUCUGAGCUGCCAAACACCGCCAAGUCUGAUGUUGCCUACGUCCUGAAGCUGGAGUCCCGCUGCCAUACGCCGUGCUGGCCUGGACAGGCUGUCUACUUUAUGGCCCCCAGUUUCCCUGACAAGCAGCGCUGGGUGGCCGUGAUGGAGUCGGCGGUGGCCGGGGGGCGCGGCGCGCGGGAGAAGGCGGAGGCCGAUGCAAAGCUGCUUGGAAACUCUCUGCUGAAGCUGGAGGGCGACGACAGACUGGAUAUUAACUGUACUCUUCCUCUAACGGAUCAGAUUGUCCUGGUGGGAUCUGAGGAGGGGCUGUACGCUCUGAACGUCAUCAAGAACUCGCUGACUCACAUCCCGGGCCUGGGAUCCGUUUUUCAGAUCCAGAUCAUCAAAGAGCAGGAGAAACUCCUGAUGAUUGUUGGCGAUGAGAGAGCUCUGUGUCUGGUGGAGAUUAAGAGAGUGAAGCAGUCUCUGGCCCAGUCCCACCUGCCCAGCCAGACUGAACUUGCUCCCUACAUCUUUGAGACGGUGAAAGGCUGCCAUCUGUUUGCUUCUGGCAGAGUUGACAACGGGCCGUGUAUAUGCGCCGCGAUGCCAAACAAGAUCACCAUAUUGCGCUACAACGACAAUCUCAACAAAUACUGCAUCCGCAAGGAAAUUGAAACUCUGGAGCCGUGCAGCUGCAUCCAUCUGACCAGCUACAGCAUCAUCAUCGGCACCAACAAGUUCUACGAGAUCGAGAUGAAGCAGUAUGUGCUUGAGGAGUUCCUGGACAAGAACGACGUGUCGCUGGCCUCGGCCGUGUUUGCAGCCUCUUCUCACAGCUUCCCCAUCGCCAUCUUACAGGUGGCCAGCAGCAUGCAGAAGGAGGAAUACCUUCUCUGUUUCCAUGAGUUUGGUUUCUUUGUGGAUUCGUACGGACGAAGAAGUCGGACCGAUGAAAUCAAGUGGAGCCGCGUGCCUCUGUCUUUUGCCUACAGGGAACCCUACCUGUUUGUCACCUACUUCAACUCCCUAGAUGUGAUUGAAGUCCAGGGACACGCAGCAGUGUGCCCCGCGGUGCUGGCCCACCUGGACAUUCCCAACCCGCGCUACCUUGGCCCAGCCAUCUCCUCCGGAGCCGUUUACCUGGCCUCCUCCUACCAGAGCAAGCUGCGGGUCAUCUGCUGCAAGGGAAGCCUGAUCAGAGAGUCUGGAGAGCUGCAGAGGACCGGCUCCAGCAGAGGCAGCCCCAGUAAGCGAGGCCCCCCCACCUACACGGAGCACAUCACCAAACGCUUGACUUCGGGCCCCGGCAGCCAUGACGGUUUGCACCGGGAGCCGAGCACCCCGCACCGUUACCGGGAGGGUCGCACAGAGUUCAGAAGAGACAAGUCUCCUGCUCAUCCCCUGGACAGAGAGAAGUCCCCCGGCAGGGUGCUGGACAGUCGCAGGGAGCGGUCUCCUGGGAGAUUUGGGGACAGCACUCGACUCCAUGCCGGGUCCGUCCGGACCCAGCUAGCCCCCGUUAACAAGGUCUGGGAUCAGUCAUCAGUGUGAGUCCUCCAUGCUCUAGUGACUAACCCUGGUUCCAGUGUGAGUUGAAGCACAGCGAUCCACCAUGUCUGAGGCCAUCGCCUGUACAUACUGCAGCCUGAGCUCCUGGUUCAGCCACACCGCAGCGACAGGAGUCUCCUGUGACAAUCCUCGUUCCAACAUGUGCUUUCAUGGACAUUACCCCGCAGUAGGUCUGGUUGGCAGGGAGGUGGCGCUGUUCUCCAGGUUGUGAGAAUCUUUUCUUAUCUAAUCCGCUGUACAUACACUGUGUGAGUUUUUAUAAAGGGAACAGUCGGCCGGUGAAGCCAUGUCUAUUUUUUUUAAAGAGUUUCUAAAGAUGUUGCAGGGAGAUUCGUAAUGUUGUUGGCUAAGAAACAAUAUAAUCCUCUCAUUAUGAAAUAUGACUUUAAGGUGUUUUUUUUUUCUGCUCUGAGAGUGAGACCAGAUUUUAUUUGCCUUGAGAAAGCUCUCUGAGGGGCAACUCUUUGCACAGGAGAUUGGGUUGAACAGGAGUUACAGACUUGCUCUCGUCUCAUGGCCAGUCUUCUUACUUCAGACCAAACUGAAAGGUCCUCUUCACUAAAUAGCCUUUGAUAUUUACCUGCAUAUGACUGCUUUAUUGACCGUUGUUGUCCGGCCUUACUAAAACAAGUAAGCAAUGUUUUUGCUCCGAGUGUUCUUUGUGGUGUUUUUUUAGCAAACCUGCGAUAAAGGAACAUGCAGCUCUGCCUCUUGACGCCGGACGUUGCAGUCGAGCAGGUCCAGCCGCCUCAGCUUGCUCUUAGUCUGCCGCCGCUGCUGAUUGUGGUACAGAUGUCCCGUUUCUGUGCUGUGAUAUGAAAUCUAGUAACUGUCAGGAGAGUUAUCACCUCCCCUCUCCCCGUGUAGUUUCUUUGGGCCAAUAAGAACACCUCCACUAUUCAACAUCAGUGAGCAUGACUUACUUAAUAAAGCAUUAGUUGCUUUCAGAUCUUGAUUCUUUUUCUUGGUUGUUCUCUUUUUGUCAUGUUAUCCACUUGACUUUGCAUUCGGUAAGUAGGCAUCGGUGUUAGUAACUUAAGAUUUUCUUGAUUUCUAAAGCUGUACAAGAGAACAUACAUUAAACACGAUCAAAGGAUCUGUUGUCGUCUUUG